AUGAAUCAUAGCCGUUAUAUGAGGCUUCAGCAGUUGCUAUUCGUGGUGCUGUGCUAUUUGGCUUCGUGUGCCCUUGCGGAAAAGGUGCUCGUGACCAACGAGUCGCCUCAGUUCUGCUCGGGUAUGUACAGUAAGCAAGACUGGAAUGGAGAUAUCAAGCCUUUCAUUGAUGUGGAUUUGAAGUAUUUCAGAUCAGAGUUUGACUUCGAUAUUAAAAAACCUUCCCUCUCUGUUGUCAUAUAUGAAUACAGCGAUAUGGAUGCUCUGGGAGUGGAGCUAUCCGAUAAGCCUAUGCAGUAUAUUUGUUCGGAAGAGCUCGUCGCGGCUGGGCUAUGUGAGUCAAGUGAACUACAUCAGUUCAUUGUAAACAAAAACGUCACUCCAGAGGCCGAGAUAUUAUCCAGCGUUCUUACCAGUUACGGUAAUAACGGCUUGCGCUACAAAGUCCUGAAAACGGGCUAUUACUGCGUUGCUUGUUCUUCUCCACGCAACUUGGGGGACUAUGAGAACAUGUUUGGAGUUCAAGCGAACUUCCAGAAUUCCUUUGGAAAUCUCCCUGCGGCAGAAAUACCCAAGCUGAAGGUUCAUGGCUGGCUGGCUAUUCUGUAUGCGGUCGGCUUAUCUGUAUAUCUGUUCCAAUUGUCGGCCCACAAAUCCGAACUUCUUUUGUUACAGAAGUACAUUGCCGGUAUUUUCGUGCUUUUGACAGUGGAAAGCAUUUUCGUGUGGUCUCUUCUUGCUUUUCUGAAUAAUGACAGGACGUCCACAUUACACCCACCGUCAGAAAAUAUCAAGCUAUACAAGCUUUGUGCGUCUUUGCUGAACGCGCUUGAAAUGACGUCUGUACCUUUGCUGUUGGUUAAUAUUGCAUGUGGUGUUGAUAUUGUGUAUCCUGUACUCGAAUCGGAGCAUGAGUGGAUCAUUUUGGUUUCAUUUCUUGUGGCAUGUUUCAGCAACAUUAUAUUUGGCAUUCCCUUCUUCAUGAUAUCGUGGUUUAAUACCGUGUCCCAGCCACUUCAAGGUCCUGCUGGUGAUGAUAACAACAAAGACACAGAGAUGCCAUUGUGGGUUACAGGCAUUCCUUGUGUUAUUGGUUUCCUGGUAUGUUACUGCUUGACCUUAUCGACUCUCCAGAAGACCAAGAAGAAGUUGGCAGAAGGCAAGCAGAGUGCGAAAUUUAACCUGUACCAGAGGCUUUUUUGGUUACUAUCGCUCUUUGCACUGCUGCUGAUUUCAGCCAUUCUGAUCACAAUCAUGUUGAAGACCAACAACUUACUCACAGAGUUCAGGAAUCUCGGUAGACUCUUUGACUUCUGGUGGUCGUAUAUUUUCUUUGUGAUGUUCGCCGGUGUAGCCUUUCUGUUCAGACCCAGCCAUAAAUUAUACCUUUUGAGCGGUGACAACGAGUUCUCUGAAGACCUAAAUGCUGUUCCUGGUGGAAACGAUAUUGAAUUUGACGAUCUAGCCAGACUAGAGAGUACUAGGCUGGUAGGUUCUUUUAGCAAUUCAUUUGACGAUUUGCUGGAGUUUGAUUUGACUGGGGAUGCCCAUAAGAACCAUCAUGCGCAGCGACUCUCGCCUCCUCCCAGUUACGGUGAGCAUCACGAUGACGAAUCAGAGAACUGGCAUAGUUCCUCUUAG